AUGUCAACAUCAGAGAACACAACAACUGCUAUCGUUCAUGAAGCCAUAAGUGAAGAAUAUGAGUGGGUUCAGUUUAACAAACAGUUACGUCUCAUUCGUUCGGUCAAAGAUGACAUGUACCAAAUGCAAAGUAUUUUGACAGCAUGUUUUGCUCCAGAUACUAAACAUACAGACGAUUGGUUCAAAAACCAAAGCACACAAGAACUUUUGAGCGAAGCACAGCGAGACAGACUUUUUUCUGAAAACAGUGAAGAACAGCGAGUGGGAGAAAAACCGGGGUCGCCAAAACUCUAUGAAAAUCGUAAAAAUUUGCCAAAUGGUUUGAGAGGUUGGUAUGUACAUAGACUUCUUGUAAAUGCAGUUGCAAUGUGGGCUUCACCUCGUUACGCUUGGUAUAUUUACAGACUUCUUGACGAACUUCAUAGACAAGAACGUGAAGAGCUAGAGAACAAGCUUGAAGCAAAAGACAAAAACAUACAGAAAAGAAUACCAUGUUCGGUACCAAAAGGAAAGGAAAAGAACUAUAAGUAUAUGAUUUACACUGAAGAGAUGGAAAAUGAAGAAGACAGAGAUAUGGUUAUGUUGCAUUUAGUCAGAAGAAACAACAAAAGCUUUUACGACCUUGCUAAGAUUUACAAAUCUGACAGAAAUUGGUUCUAUCGCGAAAACUUACCGAUUUCAAUGACACCGAAUGAAGAUGUUAAACAGAUAGUUCAAGAUACGUUACCUCAAACACACUAUGAUAUGAAAGGUUGUACAAUACUUACAUUCAAAGAAGAUUUGCCGCUACUGAAGGAAAAGAUAACAGAGUAUUUUGACAACUUCAAAGAGGAAGAGUAA